AUGCCCAUACAAAUCAACGAUCCACAAUUAAAUGCACCAAUGCAACCGUUGGCAUCAAGAGGACAUUCACCUAAGGAAAUGGUGCUAGCGAUGGUGGCUAAGUCACAAGAUUGGUACUCUCGACUAAACGCUCGCCAGAGGCUUUUGGUGAACGUAGGAGUAAUAGUAGGAAGUAUAGCGGGAGUCUUCAUUGUUAUAUUACAUCGACAAUUGAUUGGUUUACUUGUUGAAUUACUGGACUGGGUAUAUUCUUUGGGAACUUUGGGUGGAGUUAUUCUUUGGCUUUUAGUAUUUGGAGUUGGAUUCCCUCCAUUAAUUGGGUUUAGUGCACUUUCUAUGCUUUGUGGCAUGGUUUAUGGGUUCCCUAAAGCAUGGCCGUUAUUGGCAUCUGCCAGUGUUUUGGGUAGUGUUGCUUCGUUUGUCACGUUCAAGUAUUUAUUAUAUGAGAGAAGUGUACGGUUGGUUCAACUGAGUGAUAAGUUCCGAGCCUUUCUGGAGAUUUUAACUGAUGAAAGUGAAAAUGGCGGAGGUUUAUUGAUCUUGAUACUUUUAAGACUAUGCCCUUUACCUUAUUCGUUAAGUAAUGGGGCCUUGGCACUGAUACCUAAUUUAAGUAUUGCAACGUUUGUGCUGGCCAGUGUCAUCACGUCCCCCAAAAUGUUUAUACAUAUUUUUGUAGGAUGGAAGAUCAAGGAAUUGGGGGACAAUUCUCGAAGUGGGGGGUCAAAGAUUGUCGACCUAAUCUCAAUUCUUAUAACGAUGUUUGCUGCUAGUGCGGUCACUUAUGUGAUUUACUACAAGAUGCAAAUAAAAUUAGCCGGCUACCACGAAGAAAGAAUGAACUCCAACAAUAUCAAUGAUGAUUUGAUCUUUGGUAACUUUGAUGAUGAAAAUUUAUACGACAUGGACAAUUUCAUUAUAGAUGAUGAGAUAGAAGUCGACAAUAGAAGAACUACUGAGAAUCUUCUUCACAAACAAGACUCUCAUACUCAAGUUUAG